AUGCUGCCGCCACCAGCCAGAAAGGAGAGAUAUCCUAACCCCGCAUUUGACCGCCAGAGGGAACACAAACGCAUUCGAAUAGACGCUCCGGUCUCUGCAGCUGAUUUGUAUGAACAAUACAUUUCCACCGACCGGCUUCAUGACGACGAGGCAGGUUGCGACGAGGCUAUCGCAUACUGGCUAUCCCGUUAUAACUCCCAAAGAGAUCUUGCUCGCUUCGCUCUGGAUCUGUUUGCGAUCUCACCCAUGUCAGAUGAGUGUGAACGCCUUUUCAGCAAUGCAAAGCUUACCAUAGUUGAUCGCCGUGGUAUGCUGAAGGCGGAUAUUAUAGAGGCCUGUGAGUGUCUCCGGGCUUGGUAUGGAAAGCCCCGAGUUGAGGAGAACAACGAUAGUGAGGACAGUAAGAACGACGACGAUUGGGUCACUAGCUAG